AUGUGCACAGUGCAAGCGCAGGAUCCCGGUUCAAAGCCACCGACACUGCUUCCCGGAGCCCUGAAUGCACAGGCACCCACAAGCGAAACAGUUCAGAAGUACCUUGAGGACAACGAGAGCCUCAUCAAGACCAUUUUGGAGUGCAUCAACUCUGGACGAGCGGAUGAAGCAGUGAAGUACCAGCAGCGCCUGCAGGCCAAUUUGAUGUGGCUGGCAGGCAUUGCAGAUAGCCAAGCGCCCCCUACCCCUGCAGCAUCUGCCCCUGCUCCAGGGACACAGGUACCCGCAGCACCGGGGCAGGCAGCGCCGGUGGCCGCAGGUCAGCAGCUGGUGCAAGCCGCUGACACAGUGAUGAAGACAGCGCAGGAAGCUGCCGCGCAGCAGGCGCCCCCUCAGCAGGCCGGCUGA